UAAAAAAAAAAAAAAACACAUUUCAAGAAUCAAGAUCUUUAGAUAAUGAUUCCUAAAACCCUCUCCCUCACCUCCAUCUCCCCAUUCCUUCUUCCCCAAUUCAAAAUCCCCAAAUCCCACAAUCCGGGUCGGGUCACAAUCAUCUGUAAAUCAGUUAAUUCACAACCCCAACAACAAACCCAACCCGAAUUAUCAGUUUCUGGACCCGAAUCACAGGGAACCGGAGCUGCUGCCCCGACCCGAGGGGACAUCUUUCUUGAAAGACAACAGCUUUUGGCAGCUUCUUCUUCUUCUUCUUCUUCUUCUUCUCUGGUUAUUGAGAAAAAGAAGAAGAAAAAGAAGGAAAAAACAAGUGGGUCGUUGAAAGUUGCAACCUUUUGUUGUUAUGGGUGUGGGGCUCCCUUGCAGGUUUCAGAAAUGGAUGCUCCGGGUUAUGUUGACCCGGAAACUUAUGAGCUGAAGAAGAAACACCGCCAGCUCAGGACAAUUCUUUGUGGUAGGUGCCGCCUAUUAUCUCACGGACACAUGGUCACCGCUGUUGGCGGCAAUGGUGGGUAUGCAGGCGGAAAGCAAUUUGUUACUGCCGAGGAGCUUAGGGAAAAGUUACGUCACUUACGCCAUGAGAAAGCUUUAAUUGUAAAACUGGUAGACAUAGUGGAUUUCAAUGGCAGUUUUUUGGCUCAUGUACGUGAUCUUGCAGGUGCGAAUCCGAUUAUAUUAGUAGUGACAAAGGUUGACCUUCUUCCAAAAGGGACCGAUUUUAAUUGUGUUGGUGAUUGGGUUGUCGAGGCCACCAUGAGAAAGAAGCUCAAUGUUUUAAGUGUCCACUUGACAAGUUCAAAGUCAUUGGUUGGAAUUACUGGAGUCGUGUCUGAAAUUCAAAAAGAGAAGAAGGGGCGGGAUGUGUACAUCCUGGGAGCAGCUAACGUCGGAAAAUCUGCGUUCAUCAAUGCGAUAUUGAAGAUGCUGUCCGAUAAAGAUCCCGUUGCUGCAAUGGCAAGAAAAUACAAACCAAUACAAUCUGCUGUUCCUGGAACCACAGUCGGCCCAAUUCAAAUUAACGCUUUUCUUGGGGGAGGGAAAGUAUACGAUACACCUGGAGUUCAUCUUCAUCAUAGACAAGCUGCCGUGGUUCAUUCACAAGAUUUACCUGCCCUGGCUCCACGUAGUCGGCUCAGAGGUCAAUCAUUUACAAAAGAGGUUGUUAAGGAUCAAUGGGUAAGUGAGAAAACGGAGUUUAACAGCCUGACGGGUUUUUCCAUAUUCUGGGGAGGCCUUGUUCGAAUCGACGUUUUGAAGGUUCUUCCGGAAACAUGCUUAACAUUUUAUGGACCCAAGGCGGUAAAGCUUCAUAUUGUACCCACGAAUAAAGCAGAUGAUUUUUACAAGAAAGAGUUGGGAGGUCUUUUAACGCCUCCCAGUGGAGAACAAGUAGAAGAAUGGGCUGGACUUGAGACUGCUCGCCAGUUACGAAUAACGUUUGACGACACACAAAGACCUGCUUGUGAUGUGGCGAUCUCGGGUCUAGGAUGGAUAACGGUUGAAACAGUUAGCCAAGCACUUAAAGAACCCGACGCAGAUGUGAUACCAGAUGCCACAGUGAUUUCAUUAGAUGUUCAUGUUCCAAAGGCGGUUGAGAUCUUUGUUCGGCCGCCACUUCCGGUGGGGAAGGUUGGAGGAGAAUGGUAUCAAUAUAGAGAUUUGACUGAAAAAGAAGAAGAAACCAGACCCAAGUGGUAUUUUUGAAAUCCCUAUAUUCUGAAAAGUGGAAAUGUGUUUGAGCAGAAAAAAAUAUUUUAUUUUCAUCUUUUGGUUAUAGGAAUGUAGCAUAUGUGCUGUUUUUUCACCUUCAUUUUGUGUUGUAAAUGAGAUAUAAUGAUUUAAUUCAAGUCUUUCCAUACAAAAA